AUGGAGGCGCUCCUGGAGGUGGGCAUGUGUUUGGUCAUUGCAGGUGGUGGCAACUCAGAGACGGUCUGCAUUGCUGGUUUGGCGCCCGUGCAGCUCGUGAGCCCCACGCAGUUCGCGGGGCUGCGGAUUUCUUUUGGUCCCGUCGAGGCGGGGGCGACGACGCUGAACCUGUCGGCAGAGUUAGAGGACCUCCUGGAGGUGGGCAUGUGUUUGGUCAUUGCAGGUGGUGGCAACUCAGAGACGGUCUGCAUUGCAGGCUUGGCGCCCGUGCAGCUCGUGAGCCCCACGCAGUUCGCGUACCCCGCUGGCUCAACGCUCACACUUUUGGACGGUGCGGGGGCGACGACGCUGAACCUGUCGGCAGAGUUAGAGGACCUCCUGGAGGUGGGCAUGUGUUUGGUCAUUGCAGGUGGUGGCAACAAAGAGACGGUCUGCAUUGCAGGCUUGGCGCCCGUGCAGCUCGUGAGCCCCACGCAGUUCGCGUAUCCCGCGGGGGCGACGACGCUGAACCUGUCGGCAGAGUUAGAGGACCUCCUGGAGGUGGGCAUGUGUUUGGUCAUUGCAGGUGGUGGCAACUCAGAGACGGUCUGCAUUGCAGGCUUGGCGCCCGUGCAGCUCGUGAGCCCCACGCAGUUCGCGUACCCCGGUAUACGGAUCACGUUUGGUCCCGUCGAGGCGGGGGCGACGACGCUGAACCUGUCGGCAGAGUUAGAGGACCUCCUGGAGGUGGGCAUGUGUUUUACCCUUGCGGGUGGUGGCAACUCGGAGCCGGUCUGUAUUGCAGGCUUGGCGCCAGUACAGCUCGUGAGCCCCACGCAGCUCGCGUACCCCGCUGGCUCAGCGUUCACACUUUUGGAGGGCGCUUACGUCCCUUCGAAUACUACGAUGAUUAUUCACGGUGGAUCACGUGCGGCCCCAUCGAGGCGGGGGCGACGACGAUAG